CGGAGCUGCCGUGGACCGGGUCACGGACUCGGAGGAGUCUGUUCUGAAUCUGAGGAGUCAGACGGCACCGAGUGGAGGGAAAGAUCAACACGGAACGUUCAACAGGGACAGUUGUGUUCAGACUUCUGCUAUUGGAAGGACGCUUAUCUCGCCGCAGAGUACAGGUGGUGUCAGCCCAGCUGAACUGGAUCAGCGAGGGACAUCGGCAGAAAGUGGUGAGCUCCUAAAACAAGCAAACAAACGGAAAAAAGAUGUCACAGAACGGAUCUCGUUGCCGGGGGAAGGUAUUGACUCUGGACAACAUGAACCCGUACGUGAAGCGGGUCGAAUACGCCGUCCGCGGUCCGAUCGUCCAGCGCGCCGUGGAAAUUGAAAAGGAGCUGAAAGAGGGAGUCAAGAAGCCUUUCACAGAAGUCAUCAAAGCGAACAUUGGUGACGCCCACGCCAUGGGUCAGAGACCGAUCACAUUUCUCAGACAGGUCUUGGCCCUGUGCUGUUAUCCGGAACUCCUCAAAGACGACAGGUUUCCAGAGGACGCUAAAAAAAGAGCACAACGCAUUCUUGAUGCAUGCGGGGGACACAGUAUAGGGGCCUACAGUGCUAGCCAGGGCAUCGAGUGCAUCCGUCAGGAUGUGGCUCACUACAUAGAGAAGAGAGACGGUGGAAUCCCCUCCAACCCUGACAACAUCUACCUCUCCACAGGCGCCAGCGACGCCAUAGUGACCAUGCUGAAGCUGCUGGUUACAGGUGAAGGCCCGACCCGCACAGGCAUGAUGAUCUCCAUCCCCCAGUACCCUCUGUACUCUGCAGCGCUGGCUGACCUGGGCGCCGUGCAGAUCAAUUACUACCUGGAUGAAGACAAGUGCUGGAGUCUGGACGUGACAGAGCUCAGGAGAGCCCUCGCUGAAGCCAGGAAACACUGCAACCCGCGUGCCCUCUGCAUCAUUAACCCGGGAAACCCUACUGGUCAGGUCCAGAGCCGACGGUGCAUUGAAGAUGUGAUCCGGUUUGCUAAAGAGGAGCGCCUCUUCCUCAUGGCUGAUGAGGUUUACCAGGAUAAUGUGUAUGCAAAGGACUGUGAGUUUCACUCCUUUAAGAAGGUGCUGUUCGAGAUGGGACCAGAGUACUGUGAGACUGUGGAGCUAGCCUCCUUCCAUUCCACCUCCAAAUGCUUCAUGGGAGAGUGUGGUUUCCGUGGGGGUUACAUGGAGGUCAUUAACCUGGACCCUGAUGUGAAGGCCCAGCUCACAAAGCUGGUGUCUGUGCGACUGUGUCCCCCAGUCACUGGACAGGCCCUUUUGGACGUGAUUGUUAACCACCCCCAGCCUGAUGAACCCUCGUACGCUUCAUUUAUGGAGGAGCGUAUGGCGGUGUUGGCAGCCUUGGCAGAGAAGGCCAAGUUAACAGAGCAAACCUUCAACACAGUGCCUGGGAUCAGUUGUAACCCUGUCCAGGGGGCUAUGUACACCUUUCCCCGCAUCACCCUACCACAGAAGGCCAUUGAUCAGGCCAAGGAGAAAGGCCAAGCCCCAGACAUGCUCUACUGUAUGAAGCUGCUGGAAGAGACUGGCAUCUGUCUGGUCCCAGGGAGUGGCUUUGGCCAGAGAGAAGGAACCUACCAUUUCAGGAUGACCAUCCUGCCUCCCACGGAGAAGCUGAAGGUCGUGUUGCAGAAGAUCAAGGAGUUCCACCAACGGUUCACAGUGGAGUUUUCAUAACACCUCCCCUUCCUUAAACCCUCAGUUCCACCUCUGAUAGCCCAUACCUCAGCUCUAUAGUAAAGACUGAAAUGUGCAACUUGCUACUCAGUGAGUGGCAACCUAAUUUACAAAAGGGCCUUUCUGUGACUUUAACAGCAAUUAUGACCCAUCUCACUUCCCAGGGGGCCAAGUCUGUAGAUUUGAGUUUUUGAUAACUGUGCAAUCAUUGCCACUUUGUGAUCCAAAAAAAAAAUAAUCAAAGGGUUCAUUUUCCUAUCAAAAUGUGAUCUGUACCACUAAGUUAGAAUCUGAUUUUCUGUUCAUGUGUGAAUGAGAUUGAGGGCUAAUGGAAAUGCACUUUAUAGCGCUGGUACUACUUUACAGAAUAUACUAUGUCAAUAUAUCUAGCAGUGAAGGUGUCAAUGUUUUAACCUUAUGCGUCAUAAACCGUGCCAUUGUGGGGAUUGUCUGCUCACCUGCCCACAGAUCAACAGCUUAAAAAAGGACCAUACCCGUGUUUUUGCACAUUUACUACAAAUGGCACAUUUUAAAUUAUUUCCAACCAUAGCAUAGUGGGGGGGGGGGUUUUAAUGCAUUUUCCUACCUUUCAGUCAGCCAUUGGUUUCCUUUCAUUUCAGUGUGGCAUAAAAAUCAAUUUGUAGACUUAAACCUGCUUGAUAUAGGCAGUCAGUGAAGAUUUAGUCACCUUCAUUUGUCAAAAAGUACGUUCUCAUUGCAGAAUAAUGUACACUACCGUUCAAAAGUUUGGGAUCACCCAAACAAUUUUGU